CACCAGGAGGCAGUGAGACUUCAUAAUGCCACCUGAACACCGUGCAACACUGUCUUAUGUUCCGUGUGCGGAAGCGGUCUGAUCCCUGGCGUUUCGAUACUCUGAAGGACACGGACGGACAGGGGCGACGGAGGCUGUCCGCCGACCGACGCUUGUGCCGCUUCAAAACGCAGCGGGGCGAAGGGAGAGGAGACGGCUGGUUUCUGAGAUGUAGCUGCGGUCAGCGUUUGUAGGAAGGUACCCUCUCUCUGAAGCCCACCUGCUCUCCUUUAACGUCGUCGGCGUGUGAGAGGCGCCGGCGUGCCGAUGGUUUCCCUUUGGGGGUAAAAUUGCGUCCUCGUCCGAGCGGGCGUGCCCCGGGUCCAGAAAUCACCCUCAUCCUCGUCAGGCGAGAGACGCUCAGUUCAAGCGGGGGUCCGUCUGCCGUGCGUCUCCGCAAUACUGGCGGCAAUAACAGAUUUUAGGAAAUGGAUCCAGGUAACCAGAGCCAAGUUGAGACUCUAGCUGGCAAUUCCUCGAAAACAGACCAGGUUUUAACAAACACUCAAGCAUCACCACCAGGUACUGGAGCCCAAGUCACCAACCCCACGAGCGCCCGGCCUGCAAAUCCUGUCAGGCCCAGGAGACCCCAGAGAAGUCCCCGAGUAGAGGGCUCAGUAGACAUCUGUGAUCCCAAACCCGAACCUACAUCUGGUGACAGCCAGGAUCAGUCCACCCCAGAUAAAGCUGGCGCUAGUCAUUCCAAGCCCCUACGCCCUGCUGCAGCCAGACCAUCAGGGGUGUCCACUGCGGCCAACAUAAAGGCUGGCCAUAAAGGCUCGGGCCACCAUCCAGUCAGGGCUGCCUCAGUUCCCCAUCCACCUGCUGCCAGGCCCGUGCCUCCGCCUCUCAACCCUUAUGCCCAGAGAGCAUUUUCUGUCGCGGGCACUGCGGACACACAGCCUUUGGCUGUGGAAGACUUCAGGGUACAUAUAAUUACAUGGAAUGUGGGCUCUGCCAUGCCACCUGAUGACAUGACUGCCUUGCUGGGGUUGAAUGUGGGCAAUGGAAACACAGACAUGUAUGUCAUUGGGCUACAAGAAGUGAACUCUAUGAUUAACAAAAGGCUGAAAGAUGUCCUCUUCACAGAUCAGUGGAGCGAGGUCUGCAUGGAGAGACUCAGCCCCUUUGGUUAUGUGCUGGUAACAUCCCAGCGGAUGCAGGGGGUGCUGCUACUGGUUUUUGCCAAAUACUAUCAUCUACCCUUCCUUCGAGGGGUACAGACUGAGACCACCCGCACUGGCCUGGGGGGUUACUGGGGGAAUAAAGGGGGAGUGAGUGCCCGCAUGUCUGUGUUUGGUCACACCAUUUGCUUCCUGAACUGCCACCUGCCGGCUCACAUGGAGAACUCAGACCAGCGGAUGGAGGACUUUGAGAGCAUUCUGCAGCAGCAGCAGUUUGAGGGCCAGGGGGCUGCAGGGGUACUUGACCAUGAUGUCGUGUUUUGGUUUGGAGAUCUGAAUUUUCGUAUUGAUGACCUUGAAAUGCAAGUGGUGAAAUCAGCCAUCGAUACCAACAAGCUAUCCAUGUUGUGGGAGAAGGACCAGCUGAACAUGGCCAAAGACAGCGAGACCGUCCUAGAGGGAUUUCUGGAGGGACCACUCAAAUUCCCUCCAACAUACAAGUUUGAUGUUGGGACAGACACAUAUGACACAAGUGGGAAAAAGCGUAAACCGGCGUGGACUGACAGAAUCUUGUGGCGCCUGAGGGCCACCGCUCCUGCUGGCCCCAACUCAAACGCAGGGAAGCGUGGCUCCAUGUCUGGCCUGACCAGUGGGACCAAGGUUAUGCAGCAUUGCUAUCGCAGUCACAUGGAAUACAUCGUCAGUGACCACAAACCAGUCUCCUCUAUUUUCACUCUGCAGUUCCCAUAUAAGGUAGAUAUCCCCCUGGUUACACUCAUUGUGGAUGAUGAGUGGAAUAGCAUUGCAGAUGCUGUAGCCAAGUUCAAAGCUGCUCCCAACUAUUCUCGCAGCUCUUGGGACUGGAUUGCACUGUACAAGGUGGGAUUCAGACACCACAAGGACUAUGUGGGGUAUAUGUGGGCCAAGCAAGAAGAAUCUGAUUUCCAUCGGCAAGAGCAUCAGGUAACCUUUACUGAGGAGGAGUUGCCCAAGGGCUCGGGUGACUACAUCUUGGGUUACUAUAGCAACAACAUGAGCUCCAUCGUGGGUGUAACAGAACCAUUCCAGAUCCAACUUCCCUCCUCGGCCCUUGAUGGCAGCACUUCAGACAGCUCUGACUUUAGCUCGGAGGAUGACAGCACCAUUGUCCUCAUGAAGACCAGGUCCCGUAGUGCGAGCCCAAGAAAGGACCAGCAACUCAGCCAUCGCAGCCGCAGUCCAAGCCAUAGCCGUAGUCGCAGCGGUAGCCCCGCACAGGCCAAAAUGAAAGGGCUCAACCUCAGCAAAGGAUCUCCUGCCAACGCCACUCCUGUGAACAGCUCCACAGGUCGCCCAGAAGAGGGCAGCGGCAGUCAGGUGUAUGCCUCCACGGAGAAACCCUUGGCUGAACCUGCGGAGUCAGGGGUGUGAUGAAGAUCCCACUUCUUCCUGAUUUCACAGGCGUCAUGGCCAAUGCUGUGUCUUUUGUUUUAUACAUGCACUGCACUGUAUGUUCACUGGAAUGAAAAAUGUACAAUUUCUGAUGCUGUUUUUUUUUUCUUCCCAAGAAUACACUUAACCAUCUGGUUUAUUAAGGAGGCUUUCUUUGCAGUUCUCGCUGUGCUUUUUUUUUUACAAUUUGUAAAAACGUUUCCUCUGUCCUACUGUUGUUGUUUUUUUCACUGUCCCCUCUCAGGCAUACACAGUGCUGGCUUUUGGAAAAAAAAACCCAGUGAUCUAAACUCAUAAGUACCAAAUCCCAGUCAAGGAAAAUGGUUACUGAAUACUUUGUAGAACCACAUUUUACUUACCUUUCAUUCACAUUUUUAAAAGUGACACAUUGGCUUAUCCGGUGGCUUUGUCUGCAGAUUUACACGUGCACAUGUGAAAAUUUGCUCAUGACAAAGAGCAGGGCAUAUCUGAAUGUCAGAGGGAACAUUGCUCACAAGAUUUUAUCACUUGUUUGAUUUUGCUGAACCUUGUCCUACAUUUCAAGAAAAGACCAUGCCCAGUGGCAGUGCCACAGAGAAAUUGUCCAUACUGAAAUAAAUCCACUUGGACCAAAGUAUAAGAUAAACUUAAAUAAGAUAAACAUCCCUUUGGGCAAAUUGUGCACACACAGACCAUGGAGUCACAGUGAUACCCGAAAAAAAUAGAUUUUAUUGCAGCCAGAGCAUUUCAAUUCUUAUCUUUCCAACUUAUCCACUAAUCUUUGUUACUUUGCCCCUUUGGGUAAUAUUGUUAACUUGAGACCAACCACGGCAGUAACAGCUAAAGUGGUAUUUCGCUCUGAAAGACAUUUACAUUUCUUAAAAACACAUACCUUUUUGAGUUCAUGGGACUUUUAGUGACUGUAAUUUUUGACUAAAGCAAAAAAGAAAUAUUCUUUUAAAGGUUCAACACAGAAGACAAAAAAAAGCCAAUCUUGGUGUCAUAACAUGUUAAAAGAAGUGUUUUUGAGGGAAGAGCUUUGAAAUAGAGGAAAAUAAGGAACAUUCCUUUGUAUAUUCAUUUUGCAGACAUGCAAAUGAAUUGAUCAGAAGAUGGGCUAAAUGUGAUAAAAGCAUAAAAUAAGAUAUUGCUGUGAAAUAUGUCUAAUAAUUUCAUCCUCGUGAGUACUAUUUAUACUCUCACUUUUUACAUUUUCUCUUCCUUUUUACUUUGUUUCACGUUUCAUCUUUUCCUCAUUUUGUUUUGUUUUUUUGGGGUUUUUUUUCCCAUACCCUUUAUCUGUAGGUUGUGGCGAUUAGGUGGCAGUGGUCGGUCACGAGUGGUAAUGUGCUGGAUUGUUAGCUUGUGACCUCUGAAGCACCAUAUUAGACACUCGGUACCAAUGGGCUGUUAGCAUAGGACAGUGCAAACUGUUGUAACGUAACCUCAUUGUAUAAGUUUGUGAUCACAUUUGUAUGUCUUUUUUUUUCAUGCCAAGUGAUUGUGUGAAUGUUUGGGUUUUUUCGCAAGUCUGUGCGUGUAGCUAGUGAUGGCUGUGUAACAGGUGUGCGUGUGUUUGCAUGGUUUGGUGGACAUAGUGUACCCUCUGGUACUGUGACUUUGUGCCGUAAAGUGCUGUUAUUGACUCUUUGUAAUACUUGUGGUUAAUGAGAAGUAUUAGAAAACUAUGGGAAGGACAGUGUAAAAAAAAAAAAUCUCAAAAUUAUGGUCAAUAUUAGGGAAGGCAAACACAGCAUAGUUUUGCUUGUGUCCAGUCUAGUUGAUUCAGUUUAAUUGUGCAUCCUGAUUUUUGUCAUUUUCCAAUGAAAAAUAACCCAAUGUACUGCAUUUGACCUUUGUACAGAAGCAACGUGUUUUGAAAAGGUUAUCUGGACUUGAUAAAAACAUAACUUAUAGUGAAUACAAGUGACUACUUUCAGUAAUUUCAGUAUGUGAAAUAAGAUACUCUAAGAGAUAUAUGUCUAGAGUGUUUAUUUUAUGAUUAUUAUAUGUUGAAUGAUUAUAUAUGUAAAAGACUAAUAUGAUAUACAAUAUGAUUCAGAGUAGAUGACAAUCUAUGCCGAGAAUAGAUUACAAUACUUGGAUUAUUUAUUUAUUUUCUUAUUUAAUUCUGACAAAUGAGCCUGAAUUCUGCUGGCCAGUGAAGGAGCAUUAUUUCAAAGAAAAUAGUACAAUAUUAUAUUGACAGUUUUUGCUGGGGGGGGGGGUUCUGUUUGCAGGUAUACAGGGAUAACUUCUCUGUACUUUCAUUGUGGAAAUGUCGAUGUCUCUGCAAGUUUGUUCUCAGUUGGGAGAUAGGGAUGACUGAAAUAAAAGAAUACAGUGCGAGUAGGAGAAAUUUAAAAUGAGUAUUGGUAUCUGAGGCUGGUGUAUGUACGGAAGAUAAUCAUUCUCUUCUCCCUGACUCAGUACUGUAUCACUGUCCAAAUAGAAUAUAUAACUCCCCUUCAAACUGUGAUCUCUGUCUGUUUUCUGAGUCUCUGAGCCAUGUCUUUAUGAGCAAUGCGUCAUUUCUUUUUCCACUG